UUCAUUCAUUCAGAAUGAAUUCAGAUUCAACUUCAAACAAAUAAUCUCUAAAUCAACGAUAGUCCUACGUCACCCUUGCGGUUAUACCAUAGAUAUAACCCACUUCAUGUUUUUUAAUCGCAAAUUUACGGUAUAUAUUUGAUAGAAUGUAUGUCUUUAAUGAAAUUUCGAGAAGAGUAAUGAUACAACUUACAAUUCUGGAGCGUUUUAUCAAUAGUACACAAUCAAAUUUUAGAACAUUUAUUUAUUUUUAAGAGGUUAUGAGAUGGUUUUUUAUUAUCUUUCUUGUUUUCUUGUUUUUUCAUGUUUUAAUGGCACCAUAAAAGUAACCAGAGACAGAUUGUUCAUAAAUUGAUAAUAUAAUCCGUAUGCCAAGUAAACUUAACUCAAUUUCAAAGGAUCGUGUAUUUCUAUUCCCCGCACAAAUACACAUUGCUACAAAUACCGCUCGGAAAUCAAUUUGGAGAAAUCUAGCUUUGAUUGCACUAUCUUUGAUCUUUCACCAUCAAAUAAUUUCCAACGAUUACCAUUUUAUAAGUUGAACUCCACAGCACAUAAUCAAUUAUUGAGAAUGAGAUGUAUGUCACCAAGAUGAACAGUAUUGAUAAGCGUUGGCCUUCCAGAGGUACUUCCAUUGGUAAAUGCCCAUAUAAUUAUUGCCAGUCCGAUAAGCUCCAUGUUUCCUUCUUUCGAUUGAUGAAGCCAGUUUUCAUAAGACGGAAAGGUCAGAGCGUCGUCCCACUUGGGCUAUAUCUUUAGUCGCAGCCGGUUCUUUAAUUUACGUUCUGUGUUGUGGGUACCAUUUCCCUUAUUUUUCUCUUCAAAAGACGAUGUUGGCCGAGGCUACAGUUGCUUUUAUUGCCCAUUUAGAUAUUUCAUGCUUGCUCUGGUUUCGUUUCUUAAGCUCGGGACUAUUUGUCACAGUCAGUCUUCGUAAUUUCCAUAUUUUAUAUGAGCUCUGGUGCCCAUGAGAGCCACGGACUAUUCCUCAUCGCUGCUGUCCAAAUACCAGAUUAGUGCCGUCAGCUGUCGACGAUGGCAAAAAAACAGAAAUGAUUGUUUUAAAUACCCGUAUAUUUUUUUUAUGAAUUCGCACCACAGCGGUGGCGAUUUACGUGAAUUAUGAUGAUCGUGCUUUGCGGUGCCGUUUUAAUUAUCCAAAGUCAAAUCGACAAAUAGCACGUGUGAUGUUCUGCCGAAAGUGUCCACUCGCCGAAGUACCGUUGUUUGACCAUUUUGACAUAUUGUUUUGUGCAUUCAAUUCCUUUUAAUGAUAAAUAAAUCAAUGGUUAUUUGAACGGAAUAUUUUACAAAACUUAUUGAUGUUUGAGUUAUGGAACUAGAGCGAAUUGAAACACGUCUGUGUUCAGUGAGGUUUGAACAAGUAAUGAAAAAUUCUUUAUUGAAAACUACUCAACAAGGUAACUAUGUUAACACAUUGUUACUAAGUUGCAACGUUGCUACGUUGCUACCAAGCUGUCGACUAUGUUGCUCCUCAACACUCCUCCUCAACAUUGAUCGAUUUUAUGCCAAUAGCUUCUCGUAGCUGCUUCAAUUUGAUUGCUCCCAAACGCUUGGUUAACAGGUCUGCUUCCAUCAUAUCCGUUGGGCAGUACUGUAUGGUUGCGAUACCAUUCUGUACAAGGUCCUUUACGAAACAGAACUUCGUGUCAAUGUGUUUCGACCUGCGAGUGUUCCUAUCAGCAACGGAGAGAGCAAUACAACUCUGAUUGUCUUCAUUCACCUUUAUCGGCAGCUUCAGUCUUUCGCCAAGGUCGUUCAUCAAUUUUCGAAUCCACUGCAGUUCUUGAAGACAUUCAGCAAGGGCGAUGUAUUCCGCUUCAGUACUUGACAAUGAAACUCCAGUCUGUUUACUGCAUUUCCAGUUGAUAAGUCCACCGCACAGCUUGAAAAUGUAACCGGUGUUUGACUUCCGGUCACCGACUUCUCCUGCCCAAUCUGCAUCGGCAAAGGCUUCAAGUUCGAAUUGCUCUGUGCCUCCCAAAUGUAGUUCAAGGUCGAUUGUCCCCUUGAGAUAACGCAAAACUCUUUUACCUUCAUUCCAGUCGGCUUUAGUAGGCUUCGAUACACGUCUUCCAAGAAUAGAGGUUGCAAUAGCCACAUCAGGUCUUGUAUUAACGGCUAUAUACAACUGUUCAGUUCCACACCGACCGAACUGAAGUGACAGCAUCUCGCGGCAUGCAAAAUUUGCACACCACACACCACGAGUUACCCCUUCUACAUUGCAACUAUGAGCCAGCCAUCGCUAAAGCACGCUGUGCUCGACGGCAUAAAAAUACAAUGCUUGUCGCGGCACGGCAUUCAGUUUUGCGUGAGCCGUGGUGCAGUGAACAUUGGAGACCAUCAGCAGAGAAGGAAAAAAAACAUCACCACCAGCAGCAGUAGCAGUCGCAGCAGCAAUGAAACUGCACCGUUGGCAGUAAGAAGCUGCACCGCCGGCAAGAAGAAAACCGUUUCGGUGCCACAAUAAAAGUAACGCGCCCGCAGCGGGCGCAUCAGUCGCUACCAAACCAUCAGAGUGUGAAGAUCACAGUGAAUUAUAAAUUUGAAAUACAAAGAGAAACAGUGUAAAUAAAAAUGAAAGUGUAAUUAGUCAUAGUCUCCGGUGUUUGCGUCCGACCGCCGGAACAUCCAGUCCUCCAUCUCUGCCGCAAUAAAAAGAGUAAAUAGAGUUUACAAGAGAAAGCCUUUCUCAAGGCUCAUCAAGCGGUUGCUGCUAGCCAUGCUAGUCCAGUCCAACUGCGACGUUGGCUUCAUGAGGCGAAGCCAACCCAAGGAGUCUGGCCCAGUUGCCCUCCUGGGAAGGAACACAGCGGUUCCUGCUCCCACCCGGCUCGGUUCGCCCUGGGAACUCGAGCACCCUUAUCGACCGGCGCAAUUACAGUCCACUGCAGCCCCAACAACAACAAAGCUCCUACCAAACUAUGGAACUGCUCCUUGUCUUGAAGUGGUUCACUAUUCUCCUCUUUUUGUUGAAGAAAGCCGGUUGACAUUGGGAUCUUGGACACCUUCGCAUUCUCCAUUUGGAAACGUGAUAACACUUUCUUUAUGUAGUUCUUCUGGUUCAGGACAAACCUGCCAUCGUUGACUCGCACCUGAAUUCCCAGAAACAAACGUAAUUCCCCUAGCUCCGUUAUUUUGAACUCCGCUCGUAAUGCUUUCACCAAGUUGUUGUACUCCGAUUCAGUUUUCGCUAUAACGACGAUGUCAUCUACGUAAAUUAGCAGAUACAUUGUUAAAUUCUUUGCCCGGCGAACGUACAGGCAGGGAUCUGCAGUUGAUGACUGGAAACCAAGCUUUUUGAAAACAUCAUCAAUUCUACGGUUCCAGACUCUUGCGGCCUGCUUGAGUCCAUAAAGACUGCGUUUCAAAUGGCAUACGGUAUUUGGGUUGAUGCUCGUGAAACCCGGAGGUUGCUUCAUAUAGAUCUCCUCCUGAAGCUCCCCAUAUAAGUACGCUGUUUUAAUCGGCCUGAUUCUACGCGGCGUGUGAGGUGAGAUGACAAUUGUCACAUCACCAUCACGCAACUUUCCUCACUCUAUUCCUACAGUCGUAUCGGAUGCCGUGAGAGGUUCAUUUUAGAUAGGUGAGAGGAUGAACUGCAAGUGACAAGGUGUUCAUUCUGCUGGUUGCCAAAUCAGAUCAGAGAUGCCACAUUCGCACAUAUGUUCAUGAAUUUUCAGACAUUUUACUAUUGUCACAGCCUUUUAUUCUCGAUACAGGCUUGCUAAAAUAGUGACGACAUAUUAUUGGUUACAAAUGGUAAACGAAACUGGCCAGUUUUGGCGACAUUAGCACAUAUUUACAGAUUUUUCAGAAUUUCAUCACUUACAUAUGAAACAAAAAAUCUGGCAUCCCUGAAUCAUAUAUUUACUACUGUUAUUGUCAUUGUUGUUGUUUUACUAAGUUGUUUUCCCGUAUCUAUUUGAAAUUGGUUUUAUUUCUUUUCGAUAUGAUUUCCUUUGAUUUUUGGUUGAGUGAUGACGAGAGUGAUAACGAAAACAACGCUACACUUGUGCGACUGGAACGGCGGAAAUUAAGAGACAAAAGUAAUCCUCUUGAAAUACCACACGAUGCGUUUGUAAAAUAUUUCCGCGUCUCGAAAGAUCUCUUCAGGCAUCUGCUCAACAUAGUUGAGGGCAAACUAGGAGUGACUUCUGGAUCUUCAUCGGUGCUUCCAAUAACAAAGCUAUCAGCAGCAUUGAGAUUCUUUGCUGAAGGUGGUUAUCAGAAGGGCGUAGGAAAUGAUUUGUUUGCAGGAAUGGCACAACCUACACUAUCGAACGCUUUAUCGUCUAUAAUUGCCGUUUUAGAACGUGAAGUUUGUCCGACUGCCAUACAGUUUCCUAUGAAUGAGGAGGAAAUAAAUGCAAUCAAACUUGCUUUCUACGAGAAAACCGGAUUCCCAGGUGUAAUAGGAUGUGUAGACGGUACACACAUUCGGAUUAUUUCCCCUAGUGCUGAUUUGCAGCAUCUUUAUUAUAACAGGAAAGGAUUUCACAGUUUGAACGUCAUGCUGGUCUGUGAUCAUAAGCACAUGAUUCGUUACGUGGAUGCCAACAACCCAGGCUCUAACCAUGAUUCGUUCAUCUGGAAUAAAAGUCCUUUAGAUACCAUGCUUAAUGAGAGGUUCCAAAAUGGCGAAAGAAAUACGUGGCUUUUAGGAGAUGCAGGGUAUCCUUUGAAACCUUACUUAGUGACACCCUUUCGCACUUCUAUCAGCACACCAAGUUCACAAAGGCAAACUAAGUUUAAUGAGAUGCAUUCGAAAACAAGGAUGAUUGUAGAGAGAACCAUCGGAGUGCUGAAAAACGUUUUUCGAUGCACUUUAGGCGCUCGUCAGCUGCACUACAAGCCAGAGAAAGCAGCCCGAAUUGUGAACGUGUGUUGUGCUUUACACAAUCUUCGACUGCAAUUCAAUGUACCGAUUGAUGAACAAAAUUGGCUGCCGAUAGUAAAUAAUGAAGUCAUCGAUGCCACGCCAAGUGAUGCAGUUAACUUAUCAGCCAAUGACAUUCGGCAACAAAUAAUGAACUCAAUCGCUUAAAAUUAUUAUAGCUUUUUAAAAAUUGACUUUUGUUUUAAGUUAAGACAACCAACUUUGUAAACUUGUUUUACUGCAUAUUUUUACUUGUUUCUGUAGCUACGAAGACAUA